AAUGAAAAUUGUAAGUGUUAUAUGGUUGAUUUUAUCGUUUUAUGCAGAAUUAAUCACGAUAAUCAACGGUGAAAUCGGUGACUUCAAAGCAGUUACAUUUAAUGGUUAUGCAUGCGAACGUGUUCUCUUAAAAAUAUCGUGUCCAGACGAUUAUAUUAUACAAAUAACCGAUGUUCAAUUCGAUAGGAAGCCCAAUGAGACAAGAUGCUUAAAUUCUAAUCCACAAAAUAUUACGGAAUGCAUAACCAAUUCAACAACCUCCCUAAAAGUUGUCCAAAGAAUGUGCAAUGGAAAAGAAAAAUGCUCUAUUCCGUCUGACAGAAACACGUUUGGCAUUAUUGGUUGCCAAGAUUCAUCUCCUAUCCUUACAGUUCGUUUCCAGUGCGAAAUUAAGACUUAUCAUGGAUUUUCAUGCGAGAAUGAGGGUCAAUUAUCGAUUAUCUGUCCGCCUAAGCGUUUAAUAAUAACAAAAUCAUCAUUCUUUGGACAGAAGAAAGAUGAUAAAUUAUGCGACUCAUCAUCUAGCAAUAAUAGAUCUUGUUCCUCAUCGUCAGUUGAUGAGUACUAUCGCAGGUUAUGUGAUAAACGAGAGAGAUGCCUUUUAAAUACAACAUUUGACAAUAGCUGCCCAUCCAAUAGCAGAGGAAAUUAUCUACAAGUUGAAUAUGGUUGCCUAGAGUGUAGAAACAGCUAUGGAAAUGACGCAGAGUGUGAAUUUUGGGCAAAUCGUGGCGAUUGCAAAAAAAAUCCCGAUUGGAUGAACCUAUACUGUAGAAAAGCUUGUUGGAAGUGCGAUAGUGAUAAAACUAUAGAAUGUAAAAAUGCUUACAAAAAUGAUGGACAGUGCAAUUAUUGGGCGUCCAAGGAUGAAUGUAGAAAGAAUCCUGCUUGGAUGAUGCCGUAUUGUCGUAAAGCUUGUUUAAAUUGUGAUAAAGCCGAAAAUGGAACAGAUUGCAUUGAUAGAGAUAAUAUGUGUCCAUAUUGGGAAUCCAUUGGAGAAUGUACAAAAAAUCCUCUAUGGAUGAAAUUUAAUUGUAAAGCAUCUUGCGAAAAGUGUUACUCUGGUCCCGCAAAAUGUCAUAACGCUUUGGGAGAUGAUGAAAGAUGUGAAUUUUGGUCAAAUAUCGGCGAAUGUUAUCGAAAUGCCCCUUAUAUGAUAUCCAACUGCUUUAAAGCAUGUAGCAGGUGUACACCGUCAAAGAAUACUACAACAGAAGACAGCUGUAGAGAUGUGUUUUCACCUUCUACUUCCUGUUCAAAUUGGGCAAAAAUAGGUGAAUGUAGAAAAAAUCCUGCUUGGAUGAUACCUUACUGCAAAAAAUCUUGCAAUUGGUGUAAGAAUGUUCCUAUUAGAUUAGAUAUUUUGGGUCAAGAACCUAUUCCAGGAGACACAAAGAUACAAACUGAUAAUAGAACUAUAAUACUCAAUAAAGCUUUUGAAAGAAGUGUAAGAAUUCAAUAUUUCCUUGCUUUCUUUCAAAACGCCAAGCUGAUUAAAGUUCAACUUUGGAGACCAAUAAAUGGUACUUAUGAACUAAUUUACGAAAAGCUAGUUCAUCCUAAAGGCAAAGAUUUUAUCCAAACGAUAGUGGUAGAAAAAUGUCUUGUAGCAAAAAAGGGAGAUAGAUUGGGCUUUUCUCCAGAAAAAGUUGGAGAUUCACCACUCGCAGUUAGAUUUAAUGUUGAGGAAGCUAGUUAUCAAACAGCAAUUCAAAAGAAAGCUGGUUCCUUUGACGAUUUUAAUCUGCCUUACUCUUUUUCACUAUCGGCUGUAUACGAUGAAGAUAAGUGCUAA